UUAAAAGAAUUUCGUCUUAUACAUUAUCGAAGAAAAAGACGUGCCCGCUCCUCCUCUUUCGAUUGGUGAAAACCGCAGGUAGCUAGGUAUUGCGGUUGUCGAGUUAUUGAGCUUACACUCAUCCCUCUUUUAUUCUGGCGCGGACAUUAGUUGAAUGUUUAUUUAUUAAUGAGUCUGUUGAUAUUAUUAAUCUGAAAGUGAAACAUAUGAAGAUUCUAUAAUGACGCGGUAAUUUAUUGAAUAUUCAGUUAAGGGCAGUCUGAGUCAAAGGUUGUGACGUAAGCAGAAAAAAGUUCUAGGAGAUGGAGUGGUUCACGCACACAGGUAGAUUCUGUACUUCUAGGAAGGUUCAGUCUUCAUCUGAUCACACUAUUAUUACUAAGGAUCCUUUCAUGGCUGUUGGUAUCAAGGCUUCUACACAAUACUUUAGAGCAUGUAUUAAAUAGCAUAACCAUUUGAAUAGUAAAUAUCUACGAAACGUUUCGUCGAUAACUUUUUUGUAUCCAUUGAACAUAUAAUUUCUUAUAAGAUUAAAUGAACAAAUAUUUAUUUUAGUUAAAUUUUCCAUCUACUGAUGAAAUUCUCUCAUCAUCAUUUAUGAGUACAGUAUCAUUUGCAGAUCAAAUGCCAAAUUUAUUACAUUCAAAAGAUGUUCAAUCUGAAUAUUCAUAUUUUGAUGCAACUAAACUUAAACUUUUUGCUGGACCAAAUAUAUGGAAAUAUACAAAUUUACUUAAUACAUCUAAGACAAUACCAGCUAAUAAUUUAAUUAUUCAACAACCACAAGCACCAGCAAUACGUCAGAGAUUAAAUAGUGAAGGAGGAAAUGUUUGUAUAGUUGGUCCAAAACGAAAUAUUCGGAUUGAUUUGUUUAAUCAAUUAUCUAUUGAUCAAAUAAUGUUAGGUGUUAAUAAUGGACGUGAUAAAAAAACUGUUGGAAUAUCUCAAAGUGCACUUUUAUUACGUAUAAGAGAAAAAAGUCGUAAUCAAAUGCAAUUAGCUAGAAAAUUACGUCCAUUAACUGAUUUAAUUAAUUCACAUAAUUUUCCAGAAUUAAAUUUUGAAUAUUUAGAUUUAAUUAAUCGAUAUAGAGAAAAACAACAAGAACAAAUUCAAGAAUAUCAUGAUCAAGAUGAUUUUGAUGAUAAUAAUUUUCAUGUUACUAUUGAACAUCAGGAUGAUGAAGGUAAGAAUAGAAAUAUAUUCAUUUUAAUUAUGAAUUUGAUUUUAACAUAUCAAAGAAUAAGUUCAAGAGAUUCUCAAAAAAAAAAAAAUCUAGAAAUUUUUGUAAUAGAUCAUCUUUUAUAGCAUGAUUAAUUAUAGGAAAGACUAUGUUUGAUUUCUUCUAUAGAAAUAUUAACUUAUUGGAUUUAUUUGUUUUAUUAAAAAGAGAGAUAGAAGUUAUUCAGAUGCACAUAGAGAUGUGCUAGAUGAAAUUUUGUCACUCCUAAAAGUUAUAUAUUUAUAUGAGUGUACUUGAAACUGAUGAAGCUAAUUCACAGCUAACGAGGAAAAAGUUCAACCAAUCAAUAUAAAUAGAACUUCUAAUUAUAUCUUUAUUGUUAAUAUAAUUAGUAUUAUAUAUAUACGAAAUUGAUCUAAUUCGAAUUGGAUGUUGAUCAUCUUUCAAUGACUGAUCCUGUUUUUUGAUACUUUUUCAUAUAAAUAUAGGAGAAAACAACUGAACAGAAUACAGACUAUUGAGAACAAUAUAUCCGACAAAGUUUUAGUUACAUUGUCUUUAAAAUAGUAUUCCCCAAAAAAUUUCGAUCCGUUAUAGUUGAAUUUCCGUAUGCGAUUUGUCUAUGACAUAUAUUUUCAAUGCUGAGAAGUAAACUAACAUAAAAAUUAACAUUUCCGAAACAAUAGCUUACAGUCACUUUUCUGUAGUUGAAAUUAACCUAAUUCUUUAGCGGCAGCCUAUUGGAGAAGCACACUUUAUACCAUCCUAAUCAGAUCUGUCAGUUUUAAAACUAAUAUAAAGUUUUGUGUAUCUCACGAGGGAGGUAUCCGAAGUGAUUAAUCGGUUUUGAGUUCAGACUCUGUGCACAAGGUAGACCCCAGUAAGGUGCGAAAAAAUUCAAAAGGAUAAGGGCCCAUAGGCCUUUCCUCCAGAGUUAUAGUCAUUUUACUGGAAUUUUAGCCUAUAGCAUGGUAUAUACUAUCAAAUCGAAUGACGAUAUUUCGGUCUGAAAUCUUACCUACAGAUAGGUCUACUUGUAACUAGAAUGCCCUGAAAUUUUCAGCUCAAAGAUAUGUUUUCUUCAUGAGAUAUCAAAUCUCCAAAAAUCAAUCAUAUUUCAUGAAAGAUGUGAGAGG